AUGGCGGAGACCGAGGAGGCUCAGUCAGAAGGCGCGGCUGGGCGUGGCGAUGACGCCCCGGCCAAAGAGGGCCCGGAGGGCGAGUCGAAAACUGGCGGGGAGGGACAGACAAAUAAAGCCAGGGGCUCCGAUGCGGGCGAUGUCGACGACAAAGAGAACAUCAGCGGGAAUUCGAAUUCGAACUCGAAUGAGGGUGACGGGGAGGCAGAGAGCGAAGAGCCCAAAGGGGAGGGGAAGCCCGAGGAGGCUGCGCCUUCCACCGAGGGAGAUGAGGCACUGGAAGCGCCGCAAUGUGAGCAAGAGAUUCCAGAAAAGACCCCCACGGCAGCCCAGGAGGUGACGGAGGAGGGUCCGCCGCUCGAUCAGUUGGAAAAGGUGCGCGAAGGAAGCUCAAGGCAGGGGAAUAGUGAAAUCAUACAGUUUUAG